GACUAUCACACAGAGAUGACGUUGUUCAUUUGCAUGUUUUGGGGUUGGCCAUGCUAAGGAAGGACAGAGUUAAAAUCUACAGUCUAUGGUUGAAACAAGCGGAAUCCGCCUCAGACGCUCAACAACUCCAGAAACAAGUAUUGGACGUCGGCAUUUGGGGGAACCUUCCACUUGCCCCUCCCCCUUCCUCCUGACGUGAGACUGGUGAUUGGCCAGCGCGGUUCCUUCCUCCUGACGUGAGACUGGUGAUUGGCCAGCGCGGUUCUCAGCCAUGUCGUACGGGAAGGGCGAUGCCUACGGCUCCCAGCCGCGGGACUUCGGCGGCCUCAUCCAGACGUGCGGCUCCAACAUCCAGAAAAUCACGCAGAACACUGCCCAGAUUAAAAGCAUGGUGAACCAGCUGGGGACGAAACAGGACACCAGCGAGCUUCAGGACAGGCUGCAGCAGUUGCAGCACUACACAAACCAACUUGCCAAGGAGACCAACAAGCACCUGAAGGACCUGGGCUCUCUCGCUCUACCCAUGUCCCCCUCAGAGCAGAGGCAGCAGAAGCUCCAGAGGGACCGGCUGAUGAACGAGUUCUCCGCCGCGCUCAACAACUUCCAGGCCGUGCAGCGCCGCGCCGCCGACAAGGAGAAGGAGUCGGUGGCCAGGGCGCGCGCCGGGUCCCGCCUCUCGGCUGAAGGUAGUGAGCAGCUGGUGUCUUUUGAUAAUAAUCUGGAGGACUGGGGUCAGUCGACGACGCAGAGCGAGGAGGCGGCCAUAACGGAGGAGGACCUGGAGCUCAUCAAGGAGAGAGAGACCAACAUCCGCCAGCUGGAGUCAGAUAUCUUGGAUGUGAACCAGAUUUUUAAGGACCUGGCAGUAAUGAUUCAUGACCAGGGAGAAAUGAUCGACAGCAUCGAGGCGAACGUGGAGAGCGCCGAGGUGCACGUGGAGCGAGGGGCGGAGCAGCUGCAGAGGGCCGCGUACUACCAGGGAAAGUCCCGGAAGAAGAUGUGCAUCCUGGCCAUGGUGCUGUCCAUCAUCAUCACCGUGCUGGGUAUCAUCAUUUGGUUGGCCACCAAAUGAGCCCCCCCGACACCCGAGCAGAAAAAAACACUCCCUGCGUUCCUUCAGCCUGUCGGGGGAAGGGGGUGUCACGAUAAAGUCAGCAUCGCAAUUCACCAGUCUGAGGGGGAAAAAAAAAGUUUCGAAACGCCGGAAAUGUUUCGAAACCAGUUUGAAACUGAAGGAAAAGUUUUUGAAAGGUUAAAACACGGUUUGAAUCUCCGCGGGCAGGCAUUUGUACUCGCGUUAAAGAGUUUUGCAAAACAAACAUCUGUUUUUUUUCCCCCCCAAGACUACGGCACCUAUUUUACAAAGUUUCGCCACUACGCAUUUGAACCUAUGAAUACUGGGAUUUCUGAUGCUGUUCUCCUGGGGCAGAAGUUUGUUCUGCAGAUUUUUAAAUUCUGAAAAUGACAGUCUGAAAAACAAGUUUUGUAAGGGUGAAAGCUUAAAGCUUUGAGCGGGUGAAACAUUUUGAAUCUUUGCGGGUGUAUGUUUGUGUGCGUGUUUCACGUUAAUCAUUCGUAGAAGAGUCUUGUAGACUCAAAUAAAAAUGUUUUGUUGUUUUCAAAUUGAGUUAUUAUGGUAAAGUUUAAAAUGCUUGUGACGUAAAACCUAAUCAAUGGUUGUGCAGAACUAAAUCACAAAAUAUGCGAGAUUAUAACCAAAAAACAGGUCUACAAAAGAUCAUGGGCAUGAAACAAGCAAGACCUUUCACUUUUUAGGUCUUGUGGGUAGCUUUUUAAAAUGGAAAGUUUCAAUUUCUACAUUAAGUUGCUAGCUAGCCAGCUGGGAGCCAGUUCAGCGGAGCAAGUCAGUUAUGCUAGUUUUGCAACUUAAUGUAGAAAUUGAUCCUUUCCAUUUGAGCAAGCUACCCACAAGAUAUAAAAAGUGAAAGGUCUUGCUGGUUUUAUGUUCGUGAUCUUUUGUAAGCCUUUUUUUGGUAUUGUAAUCUUGCACAUUUUGUGAUAAAGUUCUGCUCAACCAUUGAUCAAGUUUGUUACAAGCAUUUAAAAUGAUUUCACAAUAAUUCAAAUCGGAAAUGCAACAACUUCUUUAUUUCAAACCUGCAAGACACUUCUGCAAAUGAUUAGUGGGAAAUAUGUGUACAAACACACUCGCAAAGAUUCAAAUUAAAGCUUCAACCUGUCAAGACCUAGCUUUCGCCUUUUCAAAGAAAUUUCAGACUGUCAUUUUCAGAGUUUCAAAACCUGGAGAACAAAAUUGUACCCUGGUGGAACAGUGUCAGAUAUCCCAUGAUUCAUUGCUUCGCAGACAUAGUGGCAAGUAGUGGCAUUGUAGUCAUGGGGGGGGGAGAGGGAGGACCUCUGUUUUGCAAAACUCAUAAGUGAGAACAAACAGAGUUUCAAAACCUUUUUCUAGAGUUUCAGAACCUUUUUUCAAAUUCGCAAAUUGUGACAUUGAUUUAACGCCAUAGAAGGGGGGGGGGGGUGGUCGGAGAAAAUGUUUUUAGAAGCGUACGCACGCCAACCUGGGGCAGGGUGGGCGGGGCUGGGGGGAGAAGUAAUGGGGGGGGGGGGGGAGAUCGAGGGUGAGGGUGGGCGCUGAGCUUCCUGUAAAAACAGUCCCAUUUAGUCUCACGCCAGCCUCUCUGGUCACAUGCUGCAGAAAUUAUAUUUAUACGCUAACAGAGGAGAUGAAGGACAAAACAAACCCUAUUGACUGAAAUAAGACUUAAUAUUCUAUUAGAUUUUUUUUUGUACUGUUUAAUGCACUAACACUGCUGUACUUUGGAGGAAGUAAUGAUGAUUAUCGAUUGCUGUUGCUACAGUAGUCAUUGUAAAGCGCAAUGGUGUACAAAUGUGUAUAAUUGUAUGCAAGGCUGCAUAAUUUCCCGUUUAUCUAAAUUCUGCCGAGGGGCUUUUUAUGUUAAGUGUGUUCAGCUCGUAGUCCGAACCUCCCACAUUUCAACACUACAUCAAGAGUCUGUGCCAACUGCUUUAUGCAAUUUGAUGAUAAAUGUAUAUGUAUGUACAUAUAUAUACACACACCGAUUUAUAGAUGGCUUUAUCAGAUGGUAUACACUAUUAAAAUGUAAGUGUAUUAUUUAAGUGGUAAUUGAAUAAAUUGUUCUAGUCAACUGCAUACAGUAUAUAAUUCCUAGAAACUCCUAGAAGCUGUUUUUUUUAAAAUUGUUUUUAUUUUGAGGAUGACAGAUGACUGUAAGGUUUUGAGUAGGUUAUAAUUUUUCAAGUUGUGUCAAACUACAUGACCGAUCAUCGUAUUUUAUUUUAUUAGACUGCAUGUAUAACAGGCACAAAAACUCCUGUCAAUAAAGUGUUAUUGUCCUAAAAACUGCAACAAACAAACAGCCACAAGUCUGUUUAGAAUAGAAUGU